AUGUCAAACCUUGAUAACCCGGUGAUGGGUCGGCCGAUUGUUGACGAAGGGCGUAGUUUGGCUAUUAUCGGAGGGGCUGACAGCCUGAAAGGCGGACGACUUGGGCAGGAGAUCGAUGCCCAUGGUGAGGUCGUACGCUUCAACGAGAUUGUCGGCAGCAAGUUGGUGCCAGAGGAGACAGGCAGCCGGACGACUGUGCACGUCAUGAACACCCUGGUGGCGCCUCUUGACGACCCAGCGAUCCUCGAAGUUGACUUGGAGACUAACGCACCAUGGUCCUCUUAUUGCAAAAGGAUGCAUACCAGGGCUAUCCUCGCAAACGAUGCUCGCAGUACGCUGAUGAUUAGACCGAGUGCGUAUUGCGUAAUGGCUGGAAUCCGCGCGGCGGACUGGACAAGAGGAUUUUUGUUCUAUUGGUUCAUAGGCCGCCUAUUCAACGGUCCAGUGGACCUAUACGGCUUCAGCGGCAACGGCCACUACCACAACGAUCUGGAAAUAACUGAGAAGUGGGUGCAAUUCGAGCAUUUGUUCUACCGCGUGAACAACAUUACGCGCCACUGA